AUGCCACCGCUCUCCUCCUUUCUCUCUCUCUCUCUCUACUCUUGUCUGAUGGAGUGCAAGGCGGCGAGCGAGUCGCCCUCGUCGGCCCCCUCUUCUUCCAUGGACAGCUGCGGCGCCGGCGGGCCGCGGGCGACAGUCUCCACGGCGUCGUCCUGCUACCGGCCGGCGAUCGGCAGGGGCCUAAGCACGGACCUUCACCUCGGGCUCAGCCUGCGGUCAUGCUCCUCCUCCUUCCACACGGCCGACGGCGUCUCCGCUUCCACUCCAAGGUCUCUCUACAGACUCGUAAUUUUAUCUAAAAAUUUAACCUUCUUGUUCAUCAUUUGCAUCGGUCGGUCUCUGGCUCCUCUCUGCACAUCAACCGAUGCAUCGAUCAACCCGUUUCUUAGGAGCACCCUGACGACGACGACGACGAUGAGGCCAACGGCGCCGUCGUCUGAUCCGGCGCACCAGAGAGGAGGAGGCGGCGGCGGCCAUGGGCAGCGGUCGCUGUUUGUGAAGGUGUACAUGGAGGGCGUCCCCAUCGGCCGGAAGCUGGAUCUGCUGCUGCUGGACGGCUACGACAGACUCCUCGCCGUCCUAGGCCGCAUGUUCAAGGCCUCCAUCAUACAUCCGGAUACUGUCGGCCGUGAUCACCGAGUGGUUCUUGGGGAGAAGCAGGCUCGCCAUGUUGUCACUUAUCAAGACCAGGAGGGGGACUGGUUGAUGGCCGGGGACGUACCGUGGGAGCUAUUCCUGGCGGGUGUGAAGAAAUUGAAGAUUGCAAGGGUGGACAGUAGCACCUCUGAUUGA